ACAGCGCCCGUCUCAGCAAGGACGCCCGCUCCAAACCCAUCCCCCUCUCUCACCAAAUCAUCCCUCGCGUCCUUCCCCACCUCCACCAGGCCUUGAAACAAUACGGUUUUGAAAUUGAGCUUAAUUUAUGAGUAAUGCUAUGACACCCAACCAUGGUGCUGAAAAGAAGCUUCAUCAUUAAUUGGUGAGAUGAAUGGGAUAAGUGUGAUACCUGGUGAAGUUGUGGUAUAAAAGUAUCAACCUCUAGAUCCAAAUUCUUUUGUGAUUGGUAAAGAAGAAAAUAUCUUCCUUGACUAGUUUUCUUAUCGAUUCUUCCAUUCAACAUCGAUUUAGUCACGCAAAAAUAUGUUGUAUGAAGAUCACUAUUUCUCCUCUCUCUUUUUUUUGAUUUGGCAUAGUUAGAGAUUAACCUAUAGCUAAAUUACAAUUGUUUGUAAGUAAAUUUACGUUUUCUUUACUGUAUUGAGCAAAAUCUUUCAUGAAGCAUUCUCGCGGUAACUUAUAUUGGUGCAUCCUCCAAAGUCUGUAAUGCCUCUUUUGACGAGAAGAAAUUGAAUCAAGGGGUGUGAAUUAUUAUCUUGCAAAGUGGAUAACGCGUUGUUAAUUCGAAGGAACAUGUAUUACUUGGAUCACCAUAUUUUGCUUUCAGAUUGCGACUGUUUCUUAUCUCUUUUGUCAUCCUUGGGCUCCCGAGUAUCCUAACCUAGAUUUUUUAGGUGCUCUGAACCUUAUAUUCGUGUGCCUGUCGCUGACAGAUUUAAACGUUAUGCCUCGAAGAAAAAGGACAUUUUGUUGUUUAUAUCUUGUAUGCACACGCUAUGACAUUUAGUGAUAGCGGAAUGCUUUCUUACUUGCAGGCUGAGAUUGGAACUUAACAAGUACUUAUUUCCAAUUGAAAAGCUGGAUUAGUAUGGAUGACUGCUUUAUUUCAUUAACGAUGCACAAGCAAAUAUUCUCCAAUUCUUUAAUAAUCUACGUCGUUAGUUAAUCACAGGUAAGAUGUCAUUCACAUGGGCUGGACCUGAACCGAAAGUGAGCAUUGUGGAUCCAGAUAUGAUAAGGGAAGUUCUGUCAAACAAAUCUGGCCACCUUGACAAGCCAAAGCAGAGCCCGCUGCAUGAACUACUGUUUAGAGGCCUCGCAUACUAUUCAGGUGAAAAAUGGGCCAGGCACAGGAGGAUUAUCAACCCUGCUUUUCAUCUAGAGAAACUGAAGCUCAUGCUUCCGGCAUUCUGUACUUGUUGUGAUGAAUUGAUCGAGAAAUGGGAUGGUCUUGUGGAUUCUGAUGGAUCAUGUGAAUUGGAUGUUUGGCAUGAAUUUAUAAGAUUCACUGGAGAUGUCAUAUCCCGCACAGCAUUUAGUAGCAACUUCAGAGAAGGGCAACGCAUAUUCGAACUCCAAGCUAAGCAAGCUAAACUUUUCGUACAAGCAGCUCAACAUCUCUACAUCCCUGGCUAUAGGUUGCUACCAACAAAGCAAAACAAACAAAUGAAGGAGAUCGAUCGGGAGGUUCGAGUGCUUCUGAGGAGCAUAAUCGAGAAGAGAUUGAAGGCCAUUGACAUGGGAGAAUCUACCAAUAAUGACCUGCUGGGCUUACUACUGGAAUCAAACAUAAGGUAUUUUCAAGAAGGAGGCUCCAAGGUCCCUGGGAUGACUACUGAAGAUGUGAUCGAGGAAUGCAAGUUGUUCUACUUUGGUGGGCAUGAGACAUCAGCUGUUCUGCUCACAUGGACGAUGGUUGUUCUAAGCAUGAAUUCUACCUGGCAGGCACGUGCGAGAGAAGAGGUUCUGCAAGUCUUCGGCCAACAUAAGCCUGACUUCGAUGGGCUAAGCCGAUUAAAGAUUGUGAAUAUGAUACUACAUGAGGUUCUUAGAUUAUAUCCACCAGGGACUGUGAUCAUAAGAAAAACUUACCAGGAAGUGGAGCUGGGGGGGAUCGUCUUCCCACCGGGAGUGCAACUUUUGCUGCCCGUACUCCUUGUACACCAUGAUCCUGAACUCUGGGGCGAAGAUGCUGCUGAAUUCAACCCAGAGAGGUUUGCAGAAGGUGUCUCGAAGGCAUCGAGGAAUCAAGGUGCCUUCUUUCCAUUUGGUUGGGGUCCUCGGAUCUGCAUCGGCCAAAGCUUUGCCAUGAUCGAAGCGAAGAUGGCGCUGGCCAGAAUUCUUCAGCAUUUCUCGUUUGAGCUUUCACCGUCCUAUGCCCAUGCUCCUCACGUUGUUAUAACUUUGCAUCCCCAGCAUGGAGCGCAAAUAAUUUUACGCAGGCUCUAGCAUUACGGUGGAAUCUACAUCACACCUAGUUCUUGUUACUUCUCCACAUACUCGGGCCUGCCUUCAUGCAUCAAUUUAGCAUGGUACAACCGAUCAUGGUUAUCAGCAUUCUAUGGCCUUUGUAUUGUUGGAAGUCAUUGUAUCUGCUUUAGAUUGAUAACAAUUAGAUAAAACUCUAUGUGACUGUUGCUUCCAUACGGUAGACGUAUUAUUGUACUCCCUUCUGCUUGGUAAUUGCUGGCAGAAAAUUCCCGUGGCGACCGCCACUUUCUUUUCUUUUAUUUUAUUUCCUUUGAUAUUGAGUAAGAAAAUUGUGAAAAGGAAGAGCAUAGCUCCACGUGGCUUUAGAAG